GUUGCGUCAUACGAUUUUAAAUUAUGCGCGCUUUGUUUACUUUUGUGCGCGCGUUGCCAACUAGUGCAUUUAUAGUUGGCAGCUAUCGAGCUAUAAUCGUGUCGGCUUAACUGUGUUGCACAAGCAUAUUCAUUUUACAGCACUGCACGCUUUGUACUCGAUUGCAAGUCGAUACAAAACACUGUGUUUUGCAAUUCGAUUCAAAGCAAAACUUCAUUGUGAAAUCGAUACUCGUCAACUGCAGACGUACUUCGUGUAAAACAUAUUUGUGAAAAUAAAAAUUGUCAAAUUUUCGCUACGCUCUCUACUCUAAUUGAACAUGGCUCGUACUAAGCAGACCGCUCGUAAGUCAACUGGUGGCAAGGCGCCACGUAAGCAGCUGGCCACCAAGGCUGCCCGCAAGUCGGCGCCAUCCACUGGCGGCGUUAAGAAGCCUCAUCGUUAUCGUCCCGGUACCGUUGCGCUGCGUGAGAUUCGUCGUUACCAGAAGUCGACCGAGUUGCUCAUCCGCAAGUUGCCCUUCCAGCGCUUGGUGCGUGAAAUUGCGCAGGAUUUCAAAACCGAUUUGCGUUUCCAGUCGGCUGCCAUUGGUGCGCUUCAGGAAGCCUCUGAGGCCUACUUGGUCGGUCUGUUUGAGGACACCAACUUGUGCGCCAUUCACGCCAAGCGUGUCACCAUUAUGCCCAAGGAUAUUCAGUUGGCGCGCCGCAUUCGUGGUGAGCGCGCUUAAGUUCUACUGCAACUUGAGCAGCAGCUUCAGCAACAGCAACAUCAACAAU